AUGGCUAGUCGAUGCUCCCCUCCAGCCUCACCCUCCUCCAUCCCGGACGGCGGCAAGCUCCGAGCGUCAUCGAUCCGCAUUUUCGAGAAAGUUUCCACCUUGCGCCGCUGGCGCCAGCCGCUCCUGCUCGACCGGCGAUCCGUCGCCCUCGUCCCGACUAUGGGUGCCCUGCACGAGGGCCACCUGUCGCUGAUCCGCACCGCCGCGCGCGAGAACCACCACGUCGUCGUCUCGGUCUUCGUCAACCCAGCCCAGUUCGGCGUGAGCGAGGACCUCGCAUCGUAUCCGGUGAGCUGGGAUGCCGACGUCGAGGCGUUGAUCAAGCUCGACCGGGAGCUCGCCGACGACGGGAACAAUUUGGGACGGAUCAGCGCCUUGUUCCAUCCAAGCACCGGCGAGAUGUACCCGUCCGGUUUCCCGGGGCCAGGAGUUGACUAG